AUGGACAACGAUGAUGCUAACAAUAAUAUACGUUGCCCCUACGAACCUUUGCGAAAUAUAAAUGAUGAAACGACAACACUCGUAUACGAAACACAACCUUUUACCGUAUACAAACAACAUGCCCAGAAAAAGAAGCGAAAAUGUCAUGGAAAUCGAAAACUACAGCAUUUCAAACGCAAAUGUCGAUCUCGUGGCCUAACUGAUGAACAAAUUGACACGUUAAUUCAAACAAGACAUGGCAGAACAUCUGAACAAUUGCCAGAUACGCAAGUAACCAGUGUUGAUCAUUCGAGACAACCAACGAAACGCAAAAGAGAUCAAUCUCAAUUGAAGCUGCUGUCGGAUUCAGUGCAAUCUCUCAAUCAAUUAUCACUCUCUGGACAAAAAUCGACAUCAAGUACAAUAAAGAAGAAGAAGAAAUCGAGUCAUAUGGUGAAUGCAUCGAGUGAUAACGACAAUCGCGAAUCAAACAACAAAAUUUUUACAUUUCACAAAUCUUCUAAGUAUUUGAGGAUGCCAAAGAAACUACUUUUGCAUUCAUUACGGCUGCAACUCAGUCAUCCAAUCAAAAUGAAAAAAAGAACAGGCUUUCAUCUUGACACGGCUUCGACUACAUGA